GAACCAGCCGGUGGUCAGCGACGUUUUCUCUGUCGUCGCGCGCGCGGGACACCUCGAGCUGCGCUCGUUGCACGUACACCUGCCGCGCGAUUAGGCACGCACGGUUCGUCAUCCGUAACCCGUUCCGGGCGACCUUUUUUUGAGACUGCAAAUUUUGAGCAGUGCCUUUCCCCCAACCUGAAAAUCGGGACGACAUCGACAUAGCGUGAUCGCCCGGGUGCCGUCGGAAUCAUGCACGAGAAAACGAUUGACGAUAACAAUAACGACACCAAUGACAUGAUUAGUGAGUGAAUAUACGCAUGAGAGAAUGAGACUCGUUCAUUCGAAACGAGUGAACAUCCUCAGGAUCAUCGAACGCGGACUGUCUCGUCAUGAUGUUGGUUCCACAAGAUAUUAUGGGUGGUCCAUCGAAGAUGCUGUACCAGAUGAACAAGUACUACGCCGAACGGGUACAGGCUCGCAUGGGCCAGGUGCAAAAAACCAUACGGGAGGUGUGCAAGGUCGUACAAGAUGUACUCAAGGAGGUCGAAGUGCAGGAGCCACGCUUCAUCUCUUCAUUGACCGAGUGUAACGGCCGCUAUGAGGGUCUCGAGGUGAUCUCGCCGGGUGAAUUCGAGGUGGUCCUCUACCUGAACCAGAUGGGAGUUUUCAACUUUGUUGACGACGGCACCCUGCCGGGCUGCGCAGUGUUGAAGCUCAGCGACGGACGUAAAAGGUCCAUGUCCCUCUGGGUUGAAUUUAUCACCGCGUCUGGCUAUCUGUCGGCCAGAAAAAUACGCUCGAGGUUUCAGACUCUGGUAGCACAGGCCUGUGAUAAGUGUAACUAUAGGGACUCGGUAAAGAUGAUCGCCGACACCACCGAAGUGAAGCUACGGAUACGGGAGCGAUACGUCGUACAGAUCACGCCGGCAUUCAAAUGCUCCGGCGUGUGGCCGCGAUCUGCCGCUCAUUGGCCGAUACCACACAUACCUUGGCCACAUCCCAAUCUAGUGGCGGAAGUCAAGACAGAAGGCUUCGAUCUAUUGUCGAAGGAAAGCGUCGCACUUCAAGGCAAGCAAUCGGCAAUGGAGGGCGACGCCUGGGUCUUGUCCUUUACGGAAGCGGAAACCAGGCUGCUGCAGGGCGGUUGUCGCCGAAAGUGUCUCAGUAUACUCAAAACCCUGAGGGAUCGACAUCUUGAUCUGCCUGGGAAUCCCGUCACCAGCUACCACAUGAAGACGCUGCUGCUACACGAGUGUGAGAAACAUCCCCUCGAGGCCGAAUGGGACGAGAGUUGCUUGGCCGAUCGUAUUAACGGCAUCUUCCUGCAGUUGAUAUCUUGUCUACAGUGUCGGCGGUGUCCGCACUAUUUCCUGCCAAAUCUCGAUCUAUUCAAAGGAAAGUCACCUAGCGGCCUGGAAAACGCUGCGAAGCAAGUUUGGAGACUUACGAGGGAGUUGCUCACGAAUAGCCGCGCACUGGAGAAGCUUUAGCGUCCUUCUGCUCGAGAAAACGCGGGACGAUGAGAACAGAGAAACAACGACACGUGUGACACGAUUUUGAGAACGUUUCUACCACAUGGUAUUACGUGCUUCUCCGAUACUACACGCGAACAGUAUUGUAGUUACUGUUAUUACUUAAUACACGCUUGUAUGAAGGGCUUGAUGCAUUGUUACAAAUGAUUCUCGGCACGUAAGCCGUUUAAAGCCUGUUCUACAAUAAGAUCGCAAGUCGUAAGCUGUAAAAAAUUGGCCAAUCAUAGUCGAAUAUGAUAAAAACAAUCGACUAUGAU